AUGAUAGAUUUUUCUAUAAAGAAAAAAAGUGCAGAUGUUACAGAUUUAAUUGGUGACAAUAAUAGUAAUAAUAAUAAUAAUAAUAAUAAUAAUAAUAAUAAUAAUAAUAAUAAUAAUAAUAAUAAUAAUAAUAAUAAUAAUAAUAAUAAUAAUAAAAAAUCAAUGAUUGAUAAAUUAAAUAUUUCAAUAAAAAAUAUUAAUAGUAUUCAACAAAAUUAUGAUGAUUAUGAUUAUGGUGAUGAAGAUAUUAUAGGUUAUUAUAAAGGUACUGAUACAAUUGAACUUAUUAAACAAUAUCAACAAUCAUUAUUAUUAUUAAAAAAUAAUAUAAAUAUCAAUAAUCAAAAUAAAUUAAAAGAAUAUAAUAAUCAAAUCAUUAAAUUCAAUAAUCAAAUAAUUGAUGAUAUUAAAAAUAAUUUAAAAUUAAUUUAUGAACUAAAUAAUAAUAAUAAUAAUAAUAAUAAUAAUUAUAAAAAUAAUAAUAAUAGUAAAUUAAAUGAAAAAUUUAAGAUUGAAAUUGAUGAAAAUAAUUAUAAAUUUAUAAAAAAAAUUGGUAUUGGAAAGUAUUAUUUAUAUUCAGAGAACAGUGAAUUACCAAAAAAUAAUGUUAAAAUUGCACUUGGAGAAGAUUGUGGUAGUUUAUUAAAACUCAAAUCAAAUGAAAAUAUAAAGGAUGUAAUAUUAUUAGAUGGAUUUAAAGAAAGUUUAGAACCAGGGGUAUUACCACUUGGUGUUGAAUAUUUAGUGAUAUGUGAUAUUAAAACACCAUUAGUAAAAGGAUCAAUACCAUCAAGUGUUGGGUGGUUACAUUUCAUGAUGGAUUUAAUCAAUCAAUUGGAGAUGCCAUUAAAGAUUGGUUCAAUUUCUAAUACUGUAAAUAGUUUGGGUUUUUGUGAUGGAUUUUCCCAAUCAUUAGAACCAGGUAUUAUUCCCUCAAGUGUCAAAUAUUUAUAUUUAAGAGAUAUCAAACAUUCAUUAGAGAUUGGAUCAAUUCCAAAAACUGUUGAUAAUCUUUGCUUAGAAGAUGGAUUUAAUCAACCAUUAUCAAUCGAAACCAUUUCUUUGAUACCUGGAGGUAUACAACAUUAA